UCCAAAAUAAUGGUUGAAUUGUGAUUGUAUGGAUAGCUAUAAUUAUUAUAGACGAGGAGGUGUGCUAUCUUUGCUAGACGUUGAUGUACUCUUGUGAUGCUCCGUGCACAAGGGCUUGGAGAACCCCUCGAAAAUGAAUUUCGCCAGUGGUGGUACAGAAAAAGCUCCGUCGUUCAAAUCCAUAAAAGAGGAUUCCAAGCUUGAAACUGAACUCGACAAACGCCAAGAAGAGUGGGAGAAAGUAAAAUCAACCGAAGUAGAAGGUAAUGAGGGUCUUCCGAUUGACCGGCGUCCUCUAUGGAUGAAACUGCAGGAGCAGAAGGAUAAGAAGCAGGCAGAAUGGGAUGAAAAGCAUGACCCGAAGGCGAUGGUGCAAGGCUUGGAAGAGGAAGAGGCUGAGUUUCUCAACAAAGUGGCCGACUAUCAGUCACGCAUCAAGAACAACCAGCGUCAAGAGGAGCUCCGGGAGAUGCGGGAGUUCCGGGAGGCAUCUAUGCAAGCACCGCAUGUUGAUCCAGAUGCACAGGUGCGGGACAACCUCUUCCAGUCGGUUGCCGCACAGGCAAAGAAAAAGUCUGGAAAGUCGCAGGCAUCGCUUUUUGCGGGGCUGGUCAAGACGAAACGGAAGCGGAGUUUGGACGAUGACCCGUCUGGUAAGUCUUCUCGCCGAUCACUGGAGAGUGCUGAUCGUGAAGGCUCAUCCAGCGCCCGUACUACUACUACGCAUGGGAGCCAAGAGCAGGUAUCUUCUACAGCCAAGGCUGAGGAGCGUGAACCGCUUCCAUCAGCACUAGCAGCUAGUUCAGGUGCUAAACAGGCCGCUUCCGGGGCCCCAGUGACAUCACCAUCGAAUGAUAAGCCCCAGGGUCUGGCCGGUCUUCAGGCGUAUAGCGAUGAUGACUCCGAUGACGAUUCUGAAUAGUUCACUGCUCUCCAGGCUUGUUUCCUGCUUCGAAACUACUUGCCUCCUUUCUUUCCAUCAAACUGCUGAAUUGCUUUGUACAUAGCGUUUCCCCUAACUCCCCAUCCUUUAUUCUACUGCACAUAAUCACUAUCCGUGUUGAGUUUUGCGUCUUGCUUGAUGAAGUACUCUUUUUUUUAAUUAGACUGCAGGCUCAGUCCAAUCUUUGCUAUUUUCUCUCAAUAUUCAUGGUUUCCGAGCUGGUUU